UUAGGCAUUGCGGGGCAUUGGACUGUGGUAAACUACACGUUUAUGUAUGUACUGCAUUUUUUUAAAAAUCCAUUCUGUUAUACUCAGAUUUUCUACUGUUCUGUAACGAAUUCAAUUUUAGACGCUAUUAACCGGAAACAUGGCGUGUGUUAGCCGAAGAGAUAGCCACGUCUUUGGCCGUCGACAGAAACUUUUUGAAUGAACAGCAGCAAAGACUGACGCUUUAGUUCCCGACUUUACCAGCAUGUCUUACUUGGAGUGGGCUGAGUCUCAGCUUGCAGAGAUAGAGCUGCUAACCAGCAUGUUCCCCACCGCGGAGGAGCUGGAGGCCACUGACCAGCUGGCGCUAGCCGAGCUCAGGGACUAUGUGGAGGGCUCAGCUUCCGCAGGCAGCCCUCCUCCAUCCAGACCCCAAUUUCUCAUCAAACAAAAGCUGGACUCUGCCAAGUUGGAGAGGAUGGAGUUCAUCCUAUCCUGUGCGUAUCCCUCUGAAUAUCCCGCAGUGUUACCAGAGAUAACAGUCCGGUGUUCUGGUCUCAGCAGGGCCCAGCAGACACAGCUGCAGGCGCUGCUAAAUGCAUACCUCACGGAAAACUGCCGGGGGGAAGUGUGUGUGCUCUCUGCUGUGGAAUGGGUGAAAGACAACCUCCUGCUUUUUAUUAAUAAGAGCUUCUCAGAAGCCCCAUCUCCUAAGGAAGAGUCUACCUCUGCGCAGCCGCCGGAAGUGUUCAGCCGGCUGUGGAUUUACAGUCACCACAUUUACAACAAGUCGAAGAGGAAGAACAUCUUGGAUUGGUCGAAGGACCUGGGCCUGUCCGGAUUUAGCAUGCCUGGGAAGCCUGGUAUUGUGUGUGUGGAAGGUCCUCAAUCUGCCUGCGAAGAGUUCUGGUCCAGGGUGAAGGUUUUGACAUGGAAGAAGAUCAUGAUUCGACACAGAGAGGAUUUUCCCCUUGAUUGUCAGGGUGAGGGCAGCAGGUGUGUUGAACGUAUAGACUCCCUGCGCAAAUUUACAGGCUUUGAAGAAGCGAUGUUUGACCCCCAUGGAAACAGAGGCAAUCACAUGGACCUUGGGCAGCUCUACCAGUUCCUGAAUGAGAGAGGCUGUUGUGAAAUCUUUCAGAUGUAUUUUGGCAUUGAAGGGAGGUAGUAGUCAGACCGAGAUAGCGGAUGCACAGAGUUUUUGGACUGGUGCCUUGGCAUUGAAGUUACUUAUUCUGAGAAUAACUUGUAAAUGAAACGGGAAUGCAAUAAGCUGAUAAUUUGAAAUAAAUUAACUGCUUUUUGUAGAUGUUUCUAAGUUGUCAUACCUGGGACUUCACUGGAAUGAAAAAGUAGAACAUUUCUGCAAUUUUUCAGAAACAGUUUUCAUUUCUUUUUACUUAAUAGGCAUAUUUAAUCAAAAGAAGGAAAGAAAAAGAUGUUUAUCCGAGAGUUUCCUCAAGGACCUCAGUUAUAUUUGCAAUUUUAAUACUCCUGCAUAUCGCAGAUUGCCCCAGGUCUUUCUUUUCUCAAAUGGCACCAGUGUGUUAUUACUACCAGACUAUUAUAGGAUUUUCAGGUUUGAUAACAUUUUAAUUAUUGAACAACAUUGUCAACAAUAUGUUGAUAUCUGUUUUUGAAAUCUGUUGAUUUUCUUUUUAUGCAUUAUAGAUGCCAUAAGCACGGGAAUUCUUGCUCUAAUUUUCUUGGAGUGAUUAGUUGCUAGAUAAACUGUGUUGUUGUGGAUUAUGGCAAUUAAAACGUGUGGUUAUUUAUCAUUAAUCUUAAUUUCAGCCCCACCAAGACUUGGAUUUAAAAAAAGAAAAAAAAACUGUGUUGAUUUUUCUUUUUCACCCCUCUGGAGUCAUAUUUAACAUACUAUGGUAUUAAUGGAUAUUCUUGAGGCAAUUUUUAAUUUAUUUAUUCAUCUCUUUUUAGCAAAGUGCACUUCUUAGAUGCAGCAAGCAAUAAGCACUCCGUGUGUCUUUGAUUGGGUGUAUCGGUUCACUGUUUUUGUC